GACACCUUUGAGGACCCGUCUGGGAUUAUAGAAAUGUUUCACUAAGGCACCCACUACAGCAAUGCUGCCAGUGUCAUGCAGUAUUUGUCAGGGUCGAACCGUUUACAACUCUGCACAUAGAGCUUCAGAGUGGCAAGUAAGAAGUAAGUGCAUAGAGACGCUGGUGGAUGCUGGUGGAAGGGAGGGAAGGGGGGUGGGAUUACAAUACUGCACAUAGCUUCAGAGUGGCAAGUAAGUGCAUAGAGACGCUGGUGGAUGCUGGUGGAAGGGAGGGGGGUAACAAUACUGCACAUAGUGCUUCAGAGUGGCAAGUAAGUGCAUAGAGACACUGGUGGAUGCUGGUGGAAGGGAGGGGGGUUACAAUACUGCACAUAGCGCUUCGGAGUGGCAAGUAAGUGCAUAGAGACACUGGUGGAUGCUGGUGGAAGGGAGGGGGGGUUACAAUACUGCACAUAGCGCUUCGGAGUGGCAAGUAAGUGCAUAGAGACAUCCAUCUGUACAUGAUCAACUGUAUCAAAUGACAUUGCAUCUGUGUAAAUUUCUGAAAUCCAAUGGGCUAUUGCUAGAGCUGUGCUUGAAAAUAUUGACAUGAAAUCAAAUAGGAUUCAAAGGAAUGCUGAAUUUUUCCGUAUGUGGAUAACCAAAUCUGUUUAUAUAGUGGAAAGUUGAUCCUUCUUUUAUUAAAAGCUUAGACAAUACUUCCUUAGGAAUGGGUAAGAACAUGAUUUCUGCAAGAAAAGGUUGUGUGAAAGAACAGGUUGCGCAGAAGGACAGGUUGUGUCAAAUUACAGGACCAUCAAAAAACAUUUCACCUGAAAUCCUUUAUCAGCAGACAUUUAAUUGCAAGUUUCCUGUGUGUAAAUCACCUGUAUAAUGAUGCUACAUUUAUGUCAAUCACUUCACAGGUUUGAUGUGCCCGACCGUCAGUUCCACUCAAUUCCUGGGAGCUUCUCCUCCCUGAUGGACAACCCAAAUGAUGUCAAGGAACUCAUCCCAGAGUUUUUCUACUUCCCCGAGUUUCUUGUCAACUUCAAUGGUAAGUCUUACUGCAUAGGGGGCGGUGCAGUCUGCAGCACUGCUGAUAUUGACAUGCUCAUCUUUUACUGCAAUACUUUAUUUUAAACACCCUUGCUUUCAAUUACUCAUCAUAACCUGAAAUUGUUCUAUUAUUGUUUUGGCCACAUUUGCUGUUAAUAUUUUAAAAAAAUAAAUUUCACAUAAAAAAACACACCUUUUCUUGACUUCACUCAUUGCAAGAUUAUGACAGCAGAUGUAGGUGGGACAUUUUCUCAAGUACUAACGCAGACCAAUUGUUUUUUGUCAUGUCAAGGUUUUGAUCUGGGAAGACUUCAGUUCACCAGAGUCUGUGGACGAUGUCAAGCUGCCGCCCUGGGCCAGCACACCUGAAGAGUUCAUUUAUAAACACAGACAAGCCUUGGUAAACCUUUUUUUUUAAUGGCUCUUGUUUGUUUGGUCACAUGACAUGUUGUCAUGUAUGACAAUCUGUCUCCUUGGACCAGCCACGCUUCAUGGGUUUAUCACUGGGAUGUUAGACAGUAUAGAUGUGACUGUACUGCUUUAAAUGUUGGGGUGUUGAAAAUUGGGGGUACACCCCACCCCCUCUUUUCCUGUCUGUGGCACUAUGAUAUCAAAUAACUGUAAGUGGUUUAUAAACAGACUACUACUGUAUGACAAGGUGUGACCCAUGCAAUAUGCCCCCCAAUGUGACUUCUUGCCUAUUGACUGUAUUGGAACUGUUAUUUAAGUAAUAAGUAAUAAUCAAUGACAUAUCUAGACACUGACAAGAUGUGUUUUAUAUGAGUAUAAGCACAAAAUAUCAUUGAAUAUGUUUUGAAUCAUUUUAUUUUUUUGCUUCUAUGUGUAAAUUGUUCCAUGUGUAAUGUGUAGAUACAUUGAAAAUAGUUUCAAGGAUAAAUGGCCUUGAUUUUUAUGGUAGGCCCUAGUCAGAUUAAAUUGAAAUAACUGACUUCCUGUUUCCUCAGGAAAGUGAGUAUGUUUCGGCCCAUCUACACAACUGGAUCGACCUGAUAUUUGGAUACAAACAGAAAGGCUCCGCCGCAGUGCAGGCCCUCGACGUCCUCAAUUACGUUACAUAUGAAGGUAUGCAUGUCCUCUAUUACAAAUUAAUUAUGCAAAAUGCAAGUCAUCAAUUAUGAUGGCAGGUUGUCAUGUUUACUACUUCCCAGUAACUAAUUUCUUUAAUAAAUAACACCAUCAACGUGUGCAUAAAUGUUUAAUAAAUAACACCAUCAGUGUGUACAUAACGUUUAAUAAAUACCAUCUGUGACAUUAGAUGUAGAUAAGAAAUGAAAAUUACCAACCAUGAUACAUAGAGGUGAACAUCUUAAACAGGAGAAGACUGGUAAUGGGUUUGUGUAAAUGUGUGAGAAGGAAACUAAGGGACUAAAGUCGGGGAAAGGGGGGGGGGGGACGUUUGAUCAGGUGUUUGUUGAAUUCUUCAUCUUUGUGAUGUAUGAAUCAUCCAGGCAUGACUAAGAGACUAAAUCUCCACAUUACCUUUUUUUUCUGAAAGUAAAUCAUUCUUUUGCAUGGCUCGGAAUCAUCAUUCUGUCACAAUGACUUGAAAACCAUUCUGUCAAAUCAAUGGAAAUUAUCAUUCUUUCACAUGACUUGAAUCAUCAUUCUGUCACAUCAAUUGAAAUCAUCAUUCUGUCAUUUGACUUGAAUCAUCAUUCUAUCACAUCAAUUGAAAUCAUCAUUCUGUCACAUGAAUUGAAAUCAUCAUUCUGUCACAUCAAUUGAAAUCAUCAUUCUAUCACAUGACUUGAAUCAUCAUUCUGUAACAUCAAUUGGAAUCAUCAUUCUGUCACAUCAAUUGAAAUCAUCAUUCUUUCACAUCAAUUGAAAUUAUCAUUCUUUCACAUGACUUGAAUCAUCAUUCUGCCACAUGAAUUGAAUCAUCAUUUUGUCACAUGACUUUAAAUCAUUGAGUCUGUCACUUCAAAUAGAACCAUCAUUCUGUCACAUGACAUGGAAUACGGAAACAUCAUUCUGUCACAUGACAUGGAAUACAGAAACAUCAUUUUGUCAAAUGACCAUGUAACAAUUUUACAGGAGCUGUGGAUCUGGAUGCCAUCCAAGACCCCAAAGAAAGAUUGUCUGU